AAGGCGGGUUCUACACUCGUCUAAGCCACGAAUGAAUCAAAUUUUGUCGCGUCAAUUUCUACCAUAGCAAGCAGCUCUUAGGUCUCUGACUCUGAAUUUUCCAAGUGAUGAGCUUAUCUCUGGAGCCUCCACUUCUACCCAAACUAAAAACCGGUGCUCCAAUCAACCGGCGAUUCACCUCCAUUCGAACCGGUUUAGCUUCAUCAAACCACCAGAGGAGAGCAUCUCGUUUUUCAGUUUAUCCGACUUUAAGGUCAGGAGCUAUUGUUAAUGCGGUUUUAAAGACGAAGGAGGAGGAAAAAAGUGCGGUGACGGAGCACGCAGAGCCGCCGGUGAGGAUAGUGGCUGUAGUUGGUGAAGGAAGCGUCAGCCCGUUGAAAUCCGCCACGUGGGAGGAGGUUAUGCUUCACACUGCCAAAAGAUUGACAUGGGUUGAUGAAGGAUAUGAAAUGGUUGUUUUCACUGACAAUUUCCAUCAAUCUAAUGAUCAAACAGCCCUGAAUCUGCAAAAGGAAUUGCUUUGUGCAGAUAUUUUGGUGGUUGUAGCUGUUACAAAUCAAGAUUCGGUGAAAUGGAUUCAGACCAAUAGCAAAAACGUCCCUAACAUAAUCUGCUUUGAAUCCCAUCCGAAUAUAGUUAACAAAUUAGGAGGCUCUUAUGUCCACAGUGAAACAAAAGGGAGCAUAUUUGACAACAUAGUGGGAAUCUCUCAGCUGAAGAAAACAAAUGAAUCAGUGGGAGUUGAGCAAACUGUAUCUGAGGCAUGGUUACGACAUAAUUCUGAUGAUAUAAGGUUCUGUUUGCUGGUUAUUAUCAAUGCUUAUGUUCGACCAGUACCUAUCUUGAAGAACUUGAGAGCAAAGGGUUUUUCUACCAUAAAUUGCAUGGUGAAAAAUUGCGGACCUCAGGUAUUGGAUUGCCUUAUGGAUCCAAAUUGUAGGAAAGCUCUCCAAUGCUUGAAUAAAUGCAGCCCGGUAGAUCAGGUCUGCAAUUAUCGAUGUAUUGCUUCAUAUGAAAGUCCACAACUAGAAGCAUUUUCUCUGUGUGUUCUUCAGAAAAAUAAUUGUCUUGAUUUAGAUGCGAAGAUCCCUGAAAAGCCAUAUGUGCAGCCUAUACUUAAGUUUCAAGGGAAGAACUUGUGCCAUGAAAUUGCCGAAGACAUAUUUGUUGGCUGGUUGGGGAGUUUGGAUUGGAGUUGGCGAGUUGUGGCAGGGCAGAACCCAGCUUAUGAUCAAUUUCCAUGCCAGUACCAGCUAUUUUACAGGGGAAAGUCAAAGGGAUCAUUUUGGUAUGAGCCAGUAUUUCAGGUUAAAACUUUGGAGGGAGAAAUGGUUUGGAGGAGGCGUAAAUAUAGGGUCAAGAGAGGAAAAGUUCCUGGGACAUUUUACUUCAGUGUCUUGGAUAAUGGGGUUGUGUCAAAUGAGUUUUGGACAAUUGUGGAUGUAUCUGAAGAUUUUUGUUGGGGCUUGUUUCAUUACCAUGGGGCAGCUCGAGUGGCAGGACAGUCAUACACUGGUGCUGUGCUUGUUAGUCCAGAUGGAGCAUACCCAAAACAGACACAGAGCAGUCGAUUGUCUUCGGCUUUGGAGAAAUGUGGAAUUAAGGAGUGGGAAUUAUAUACAGUUGAUAAUUGUUCAUGCAACGAUCCUCCAUUAGGAAUUCCAGAAGGUUCAAGUUUACAUUCUAUGGUUGACGUAGAAGAUCAGGGUUUGGCUUCUGUUUAAGGAUGGCCAAAUGUGUGAACAUUGAUGCUCAAUUCUAAUGGCCAAUUGGAUAGCUUGCUAACUGGCAGAUGCAGCAUGAGGUGGAUAUAUAUAGGUGGUUCGCCGAAUUUUCCCAUGGAUUGGACCUUGCCCUGACCGGAUAGGAGCGGAUUUUUUUGUUUGAAAAUUGGGGUCGGAUAGAAUUAAAGCUGGCAACAUUAACAUCUACGGCUUUGUCUAUUAAAGUUUGAGUAUUUUAUUUUUUAAA